AUGUUGAUUGUGGACUUAAUGUGGAUAUAGGUGGUGAUUGAGAAAUGAGAAUAGAGAAUUGAGAAAGAGAAGGAGAAUGGGCAGGGCAGCUACUUGUUCUUCUUCUUCAUCAUCUAAUAUCGACAGCUGUUGCAGCAACCACUCCCACUGGCCGGACAGAGAUCUCACUACUGACCUUAGGCUUGGCCUUAGCAUUUCAGCCUCUACCGAUGAUCAUCAUCAGCAUCAUCAACCCCACAACGCUUGUUCUAUUGAGAAUCCAAGCAGAAGCAGCAGGGUAGAAGAAAACCAGUAUUAUUCAUCGGGUCAAUUGGAUGCAUGGGUGAAGGAAAACGAUGAGACAAAUGAAUUAAUGGAAUCAGGAAAUGAUGAGUGCGAUGAGAAUAGGAAUAAUGACACUGAUGGAAAUGGAAGUAGAAUUGGAAGUGGAAAUGGAAGGUUGUAUGUCAAAGUAUACAUGGAAGGGCAUCCAAUUGGCAGAAAGCUGAACGUCUUGGCCCAUGAUGGUUACCAACACCUGAUAUCCACUCUUGACCAAAUGUUCAACACCAACAUUCUCUGGGGUGCCGAGGUAGAUGAAACGCUUACGCAUAUGACCCAUAACUGUGACGAUUUUCAUGUCUUAACGUAUGAAGACGAGGAAGGUGAUUGGAUGAUGGUCGGGGACGUUCCUUGGGAGAUGUUCUUGACCACAGUGAGGAGAUUGAAGAUAACAAGGGCAUGCCCCUGCUAGCUACCUAGUCCUCACUCCUCAUCAUAUAUGCAUAUAUAUUCAUCAUAUAUUUGAUUGGCACAUUAGCACUCGGCAGGCCGCACCAUAUACAAUAUUUUAGUAAUGUGCUCAGCCGGAUACACAAAACUCAAUCGGCCUUGCCAAAUUCGGCUUUACUUGGGCCAGAGUCUGAUGAAUAUUCUACACCAAUUGGUGCUUGCUUUGCCACCUUCAAAUAUGUAAUUGACUUGUUCAUGGGUUUCUUGUGCCCCUGAGAUUAGAGAUUUAAUUUACCUUUUUUUAAUUAAGGCACAGAGAAUCUUAUAUAUAUGCAUGAUCAAGGGUGUUAUAUAUGCACCAACGCCGGCGCGCGCGUUGGAUAUAAUAUAUA